UCUGCGAAAUGGGGCCGAUCGAGCUGGAUCUGGGCCUGCUCGUGCUCUAUCUUCACCAACAGGAGGAGGAAGAGGUGCCCAUGGAGGGAGAGGUGGCCAUGGAGUGGGAGGAGGGCGCGGGGUGGCCGGGGUUGGCCGCGGAUCUCUGAAUCUGGCCCCGGGAGGAUUAGGCCAUGGUUCUGAGGCGGCUCGAGGAGGGGGUGCCCCGGGAGGAGGAGGCCAUGGUUCUACUCCUCCUAGAGUAGACGCCGCGGUUCUUCUCCGGGAGGAGGAGGCCAUGGAUCAUCGCCAGGAGAAGGCCAAGCCUCGGUGGGAGGAGCCGAAGCCACAGCGGGAGGAGUCCAAGCCGCGCCCGGAGGAGCCCAAGCCACGUCCGGCGAUCCAAUUCGCAACAUCAACAGGUACUUGAUGUCUGGUGCUGGAACCGACUGGCUCCCUCCGGAGUGCGAUAUCUCCAUCAGGCCCGGUUGGUUUUGGCACAGGAACGAGGCUCCAAAAUCCCUGGAGCAGCUGCUCGACGUUUUCUACAAAUCAUCCGCCAGGAACUGCUUGCUCCUGCUCAACGUCCCUCCAAACUCGUCGGGACUGAUCGACGAAUCCGACUUCCAGACGCUGGAGCGGUUUAGCUCCGCCGUAGAUUCCAUCUUCAGCGUCAACUUAGCAGCGAAUCCCUUGUCCGUGACAGCAAGCAGCAUUCGCAGCUCUUCGUUUGGGCCGAAGCAAAUCCUUGACGAGUGUAUGGAAACUUUCUGGGCUCCAAUGCAAGGGGAGUCGACCGGCUGGAUCGAGCUUGAUCUUGGCAAGGUCUCAAAGUUCAACGCACUGGAGAUCCGAGAGCCAGUAAACAUGGGACAAAGGGUCAUGGAAUAUCACGUCGAGGCAUGGGACAGCGAGCUGGGCUGGUACCUGGUGAGCAACGGUAGCACCAUUGGUUACAGGAAAGUGGAUCGACUGGAAGAGGAUCAAGAAUGCGCUGCUCGGCUCGUUCGACUGCUGAUUGACGCGUCGCGGGGAGAUCCAUUGAUCUGCUUCUUUGGUUUGUACUUCGAUAUGUACAACCUCAGGCACUUGUCUUCUAUUUAGAAGAGAAACUACAAGAGGAUAUGUAUAUUUCUUUUCAGAUUGGAGCCUAGAGAACAACCAAAAAAAAUCAAGAGCUAGCCCUGUACCCUUUGAGCUCGUGGAAAGUACCCUUGCAUGGAGGUGGCAGCUGGUUAAACUUGAGAAGUUAGCUUGUCUGGAGGACCUCCUGUUGCUCCUGCUUCCUCGCCACAAAAUCACACCCGCAAACACAUGUCCAAACAUUGAACUAGUACUUCUCAGAUUUAAAAGCUUUGAAAAUACAUUAGAACAUCUUUUUGCCA